GGAUGACUUAAUACGACGGAAACAAACGUGAAGAAAGAGCUGGAUAUUAAUCUGGAACGCGAGUACUAUUUAGAUAAUUUUGACAUCCUUCAGAGGGUAAAUAGUUAAUUUCCCUAUAUAUUAUUAUUAUGAUUAAUAAAUUUUUUACUAAAUUUAAUUUUGAAUAAAAAAAAAGAUAUUUAACUAGCUUACAAGAGUGGCAUAUGAAGAAUAAUAAAUCCCAACAGAAUCUAGUUAACAAGAUAAUUAGCGGAAAAUUAACCAAAAAUACAGCGACGCCUCCCCCAACUUCAACGGACUGCCAUGAAUUCACCUACAUUUUCAAAACUACUCCUCUUUUCUUCCCUUUCUCUUUCUCCUUAUAGUUUUCAUAAUUUACCCUAGCAGAGGAAGAGACUCUGAUUAAUCGUAAACCAUCAUCGCAGCACCUUUAUAUUAGCUCGAGGUGGUGAGGAGGAGAAGAGGGGAAGCAAAAAAUGGAUAUCAAUGAUCCGCAAAAUUACUAUCAUGUCCCGCAUAACAAACCUCUCCAUUGUUAUAUUGUAAAUGUAACGGCGGAGCAUGGCUAUUGGCAAAGCGAAAACCCCUUGUCUCAAGCCCUUCCUCUCUUAGCAUGGCAACUCUCCAUCGUCAUUAUGAUUAAUCGCGUUCUCUUCUACCUCUUCAAACCACUUGGAACCCCUCGCAUCGUCACCGAUAUUCUUGCUGGUAUAUUAAUAGGUCCAAGUUUAUUAAGCAAAAGUCGUUUCUUCGCGGGAUUGUUUCCGUUGAGAAGCAUCUUCAUAGUAGAAACGGUGUCGUUUUGGGCGUUGACCUGUCACUUAUUCUUGACUGGUUUAGAAAUAGACAUGACUUCCAUUCUCCGGGCAGGCAAUAAAUCCAUCGGAUUGGCCAUCGUCGGCACUGUUCUCCCCUUUAUAAUGGGCAUUUGUCUUUAUUUGAUCGAGGCUAGUUUCAGGGGAGGCCCUUAUAGAAGCAGCGGCUGCGUAUUUUGGGGCGCAGCUCUUUCGAUCACGAGCUACCCUGUUGUGGCAAGAGUUUUAGCCGAUCAAAAGCUCCUCCACAUUGAUAUUGGAAGAUUAGCAAUGUCAAUUUCUAUAAUAAGCGAAGUAUUUGCAUGGUUGAUGGUAUCUGUUUUGAUUCCGGCGAGCGUUGGUCCAAUGAACGCCAUUUUGUCUCUUAUUGCGACAACUGGGUUUGUAGCUUUUUGCUUUACGGCAAUUCGUCCUUUUCUGGUUUUCAUAAUAAAGAAGAGUACAAAUGGAAAUAAAUACAGUGAAUAUUGCCUCUGUUUCAUUUUGGUAUCAGUGUCUUUCUUCUCUCUUGCAAGUGACUUGUUAGGGACGACUUCGAUCGUUGGGGCUUUUGUUUUUGGAAUUAUAAUGCCAAAUAGAGUUCUAGCGAGUGCGCUUUUGGAGAAAUUUGAGGAUUUUAUUACGGCUUAUUUGUUGCCUCUGUUUUUUGCUUCUAUGGGGAUAAGGCUUGACAUUUGGAGCAUAAGCAAUUGGAUUCUUGAUUUGGUUAUGAUAAUAUUGUUCUGUAGUGUCAAGAUUAUAAGCAUUUUCCUUGCUUCUCAUUACUACCAACUUACUCGUGAGGAUGGUUUUGCUCUUGGGGUACUUAUGAAUACCAAAGGCAUUUUGACACUCAUUAUCCUUAACAUGGGAUUUGACAAAUCGAUUUUGCUACAAGAAGACUAUGUAGUAAUGAUGCUUGCCAUUCUAGUAAUGACAGGAAUCGUGCCACCUAUCAUAUCCUCCAUUUACAAUCCCAACAAACGUCUAUCACAUUACAAGCAAAGAACAAUAGUACAUGCCAGACCCGACACAGAGUUCCGGAUGCUUGCAUGUUUCCAAAGCAGCCGCAAUGUCGUCGGAAUGAUCCAUCUCAUAGAUUGCUCCAACGCCACAAAAGAAUCCCCUCUCACCAUCUUCGCCCUCCACCUUGUCGAGCUAACUGGCCGUGCCUCCGCCAUGCUCAUUGUCCACAACGGAAAUAAAAGCGGCGGUACCAGUAGAAACGCAUACUCAGAGCAGAUAAUAAGUUCGCUGGAAACUUAUGCGAAUCUAAACGAGCUAGUCGCUAUGCACCCGUUGACUGCACUGUCACCAUUUGCGACUAUGCAUGAAGAUAUUUGCUGUCUAGCAGAGGACAAAGAAGUCGGUUUCUUGAUCCUCCCAUUUCACAAGCUACCAACCCCAGAUGGAAAAUUAGAAGAAGAUGGUAGCACUUCAUUUAGAGGUGUAAAUCUAAAUGUAUUAGCAGAUGCACCUUGCACCGUUGGUAUUUUUGUCGACAGAGGAUUUGGAGCUGUAGGAGAAUCUAAUCUCACUUUGCGUCAAAUUGCUAUGUUUUUUAUCGGCGGCCCUGAUGACCGCGAAGCAUUAUCAUUUGCAUGGAGAAUGGGACUGACCCAUGGGGUUUCUUUAACAGUUGUAAGGUUUAUACCUGGAGAAGGAGUUGAAGAUGCACUACGACAACAACAACAACAACAAAAACACCCUAACUCUGUUGAUAUAGCAGUAAGAACGUUAUCAAAUACGUCGUUUGUUGAUAGACAAAAAAAGCUUGACGAUGAGUUUGUAAAUGAAUUCAGGCUUAAAUCUGCAGGAGUAGAGUUUAUGAGUUAUGAAGAGAAAAUUGUAAAUAAUGACGAAGAUAUAAUUCAAGAAUUGAAAGGAAUGCACCAUAUUUAUGACCUAUAUGUUGUAGGGAGAAGCGAAGUAAUGCAGUCUUCUUUAACUGCUGGGCUAAUGGAUUGGUGUGAGUUCCCUGAGCUAGGAGCUAUGGGGGAUUUAUUAGUUACAUCAACCUUUUCUCAAGGUUCAGUUCUGGUAGUUCAACAAUAUGCUGGUUACGAAGAAGACGAAGAUGAAGAUGACAAUAAAGAUGAAGAAGAAGGCAGUGUUAGCAAUAGUCUGAACUCGCUGGAAGGUUCAAGGCUGCGUGCGACGGAGACUGUCAAUGACGGUGGUCUUGUAAUGGAGCCAUUUCAUAAAAGUGAUGAACGUGUGUAGAGAAAAGGACUAAUGCUAACACUAAUGGGUUUGCUUUGUGUAUCUCGCAACAACUGCUCUAUGCAAUUAAUUGACCAUUAAUCCAAUUUGAUCUACUUUAA